GCAAGUGAGCGAAAAAUGCAAAUUGACGCAGCCGAUCCUUCCCUCUCUUCUCUGUGGUCACGCCUCCCGUUCCGUGCCCACCGUCUGCUCUUCCUUCCGACUGCUCCGUCCCAUCGUUUCAUUCAGCCGGUCAGCUUCCCAGGCAAAUUACUACCCACCUAAAGCAGUCAUGGCAUACACUCUCCAAGGCGGAACGAAGAAGAAGGUCUGCUACUAUUAUGACGGGGACAUCGGCAACUACUACUAUGGGCAAGGACACCCCAUGAAGCCUCACAGAAUCCGCAUGACUCAUAACCUGCUCUUAAACUAUGGGCUUUACAGGAAAAUGGAAAUAUAUCGACCACACAAAGCCACCGCAGAGGAGAUGACGAAGUACCACAGCGAUGAUUACAUCAAAUUCCUGCGAUCCAUACGCCCAGACAACAUGUCUGAGUUCAGCAAGCAAAUGCAGAGAUUCAACGUUGGGGAGGACUGCCCGGUGUUUGAUGGUUUGUUUGAGUUCUGUCAGUUGUCAACAGGAGGCUCUGCUGCCGGAUCAGUGAAGCUCAACAGGCAGCAGACUGACAUUGCUGUGAACUGGGCGGGCGGCCUCCACCACGCCAAGAAGUCUGAGGCCUCGGGGUUCUGUUACGUCAACGACAUCGUGCUCGCCAUCCUCGAGCUGCUCAAAUACCACCAGAGAGUGCUGUACAUCGACAUCGAUAUUCACCAUGGCGACGGUGUAGAGGAGGCCUUCUACACCACUGACCGCGUCAUGACCGUGUCCUUCCACAAGUAUGGAGAGUACUUCCCUGGGACAGGGGACCUCAGAGACAUCGGUGCAGGCAAAGGCAAGUACUACGCUGUCAACUUCCCCCUGAGAGACGGCAUCGACGACGAGUCCUACGAGCAGAUAUUCAAGCCAGUGAUGUCUAAGGUGAUGGAGAUGUACCAGCCCAGUGCUGUGGUCCUGCAGUGUGGGGCGGACUCGCUGUCGGGAGAUCGCCUGGGCUGCUUCAACCUCACCAUCCGAGGCCAUGCCAAGUGUGUGGAGUACAUGAAGUCCUUCAACCUGCCGCUGCUGAUGCUGGGGGGAGGGGGCUACACCAUCCGCAAUGUGGCGCGAUGCUGGACCUACGAGACCGCCGUCGCCCUGGACACCGACAUCCCCGACGAGCUGCCCUACAAUGAUUACUUUGAGUACUUCGGACCUGACUUCAAGUUGCACAUCAGCCCGUCCAACAUGACCAACCAGAAUACACAGGAGUACAUGGAUAAGAUCAAACAGCGUCUGUUUGAGAACCUGCGCAUGCUCCCUCACGCCCCGGGGGUCCAAAUGCAGGCCAUUCCCGAGGACAGCAUCCCGGAUGACACCAUGGACGAGGACACGGAGGACCCCGACAAACGCCUGUCCAUCCGUGCAUCGGACAAGAGAAUAGCCUGUGACGAGGAGUUCUCCGACUCCGAGGACGAGGGGGAGGGCGGGAGGAGGAAUGUGGCCAAUCACAAGAAGAGUUCAAAGCGGGCCCGGGUGGAGGAGGACAAGAAAGACACAGAGGAGAAGAAAGCUGCAGAGGUAAAAGAGGAAGAGAAAUCGAAGGAAAGCAGCUCGGAAAAGACAGACUCUAAAAGUGUGAAGUCGGAGCAGACCAGCAGUGCCUGAUGUCACCACAAGGGGGAGAACUGUUGGUCAUAGGCAGCCCACAGAGGGAGGCAUUUUUCAAGAGACUGGACUUGUGUGUCGGAAGCCACACCUUAAAAUAUAUUUAUUUUGAAUCUGUGUGUUGUAGAUUUAAGGUUUUUGUGCCGUCAGUUUGUUGCAGAAUUAGUUUCCCUCAAAGAUGUUUUGUAAUGGUGUCAGUUUUUCAAUUAAAUCCACAGGGAGUGUUUGCAGUAUUUCCUUUUGAUACCCAGUACGAAAGCAUUUGUAUUGCAAGGGAUUUUUGUUUUUUUUUUUACAUUUUCUAUCCAUUUAUAAUUAAAUGUUUAUUUUAGAAAAAGAUUAUGUAUGUUCCUUUAGACUAUGAAA